AUGUACAGGGAAGGGCAGGGCACAAGCCACUGUGGAGGGGAGCCCCCUGAAUUCACCACCCACCAACUCUUCAGUGACCUCUGGCGGCGGCAAGGUGGAGUACAGGGGGGAGGAGCCCGGCUGAGCUGUGGGAUUCUGAAACUAGAGAGGGCCUAUGAAAAACGUUUCCCAACCUGCCCCCAGAUACCUGUCUUCUUGGGCAGUGAGAUCAUUCAUGAAUCCAAGAGCCAGGAUGGAUCCAUUCACAUUGUAGAGCGCAGUUGCAAAUUGACUGUCGAUGCACCACGGUUAUUGAAGAAGAUUGCUGGGGUCGAAUUUGUUAUCUUUGUGCAGAAGAAUGUUUUAAAUCGGAAGGAUCGAACUCUUCUUAUUGAAGCCCACAAUGAGACGUUUGCCAAUCGAGUCAUUGUUCAUGAGAAUUGCAGCUACACUGUUCACCCUGAGAAUGAUGAGUGGACCUGCUUUGAACAGUCCGCCUCUCUCGACAUCAAAUCAUUCUUUGGCUUUGAAAAUGCCGUGGAGAAAAUCGCAAUGAAACAGUACACAGCUAACAUCAAGAGGGGGAAGGAAGUGAUUGAGUAUUACCUGAAUGAGCUGAUAUCCCAGGGUAUCUCCCACAUCCCUCGAUGGACGCCUUCUCCUGUCAGAGAAGAAGAUCAGAGGAGCCUGGCAGCUGACAAGCUGGACACAGACUACAUUGAGCGGUAUUUGGGGCAGCUCACCCCCAUGCAGGAGAGCUGCUUGAUUAGACUCCGCCAGUGGUUACAGGAGACACAUAAAGGAAAGAUUCCCAAAGAUGAGCACAUUCUUCGAUUCUUGAGGGCUCGAGACUUUCACUUUGACAAGGCCCGGGAGAUGCUGUGCCAGUCCUUGAGCUGGCGAAAGCAACACCAAGUAGACUACAUCCUUCAGACAUGGAGACCUCCACCCCUCCUGGAGGAGUUCUAUGCAGGUGGCUGGCACUACCAGGAUAGAGAUGGCCGUCCUCUCUAUAUCCUGCGUCUUGGCCAAAUGGAUACCAAGGGCUUGAUGAAGGCAGUGGGAGAGGAGGCACUCCUUCGACAUAUUCUUUCAGUUAAUGAAGAGGGACAGAAAAGAUGUGAAGAGAAUACAAAUCAGCUUGGCCGCCCCAUAAGUUCCUGGACGUGCCUUGUGGAUCUAGAAGGGCUGAAUAUGCGGCACCUCUGGCGACCAGGGGUGAAGGCCUUAUUGCGGAUGAUUGAAGUGGUUGAAGACAAUUACCCAGAGACAUUAGGACGGCUGCUCAUUGUGCGGGCCCCACGUGUUUUUCCCGUGCUCUGGACACUGGUGAGCCCCUUUAUCAAUGAGAACACGAGACAGAAAUUCCUCAUCUACAGUGGCAGCAACUACCAGGGCUCUGGAGGACUUGUUGAUUAUCUGAAUAAAGAUGUAAUUCCAGACUUCCUAGGAGGAGAAUGUUUGUGCAGUGUCCCUGAAGGGGGCAUCAUCCCAAAGGCCCUCUAUCAGAUUGAAGAAGAUCAAGAGAAUGCGGAUAGGGUCCAACUGUGGACUGAAACUGUCUACCAGUCUGCAAGUGUGCUCCAAGGGGCCCCCCAUGAGAUAGCAGUGGAGAUUCUGGAGGUUGAGUCAGUGAUUACCUGGGACUUUGACAUCCUGAGGGGAGAUGUGGUAUUCAACCUCUUUCACUCUAAGCAAGCACCUGUACCAAGUCCCAGGGAGCCCAAGGCUGGGAGCAGUGUGCAGCUCAUUGACCAAAACUGGGUUCUGGGAGUGGAUUAUAGCCGUGUGGAGUCUCCCCUGCUCUGCCGGGAAGGUGAGAGCAUUCAGGGCUCCCAUGUGACUCGUUGGCCAGGUUUCUACCUGCUUCAGUGGAAGAUGGCCACUCCAUUAGCCUGUGCGGCCAGCAGCCUCCCUCGAAUGGAUGAUGCUCUGACGUCUGUGCAGAGCCCGGGUCACAAGUGUAAACUCCUGUACUACUAUGAGGUCCUUGCAUCUGUAGACUUCAGGGGAUCCAUGUCCAGUCUGGAGUCCUGUACCAGUGGUUUCUCACAGCUCAGUGCCACCACAACUUCUUCCAACCAGUCCCAGAGUGGCUCCCUCAUCUCCAGAUAGCCGGGUCUGAGCCAUGUUGGGGAUCCUGCUGUACUCCGGCGCCUGGAAGUGUCCAGAGCCAGAAAUCCUGCCCAAGCUGAGGGCCAAGACCAUAAGGACUGGUGGCCUGGGUUCAGAGACUGCCGGAGUUGGUGGCUCUUUGGAGUCUACCAUGAUAAUCAGCUCAUGUUUUGGUUUUAUAAUAGGUGCAUCUGAGUUUGUAACAGAUGCUUCAUUAACAGGACCUAACAAUUCUAACCUAGCCAUUUUGUGUGAGCCCAUUCUAGUCUCCACUGCUUCCCUCCGCCCCCCACUUUUCCAAUCUGGACCUGUGAAUUCAUGAAUGUAGGGAGUGCCUAGUAUGGAAGCUUCCUCCACUGAUGCACAUCAGCAAUUCUUAGAGAAUUGCCUGGAGGCAUUAAAAAGUUGAGUAACUUGCCCAUUUAUCCACACCUAGUAUGUGUCAGAGGCAGGACUCAAACAUAGGUCUUCCUGACUCCAAGACUGGCAUUCUCUCUCCACGACCCCAUGCUCCUUCUCAUUCCCAUCUAUAAACUCAUUCCCAUCUGUAGUCUUCCAGUGGCAAGUUUGGGAUUAGCUAAGUGAGGAUGGGUCCCAACAAGACUAGACUUGGGAAGAUAUCAUCCUCUAUAUGAAGAAUGACACCUAGAGGCCAGGUUCGCUUUUUCUGUCACCCUCAGAGUCCUUAUUUUCUCUAGAAUAAAAUCAAGUGGACCUAGGUUCCCAAACCAAAAUAUGGCACCAACUCUUCCCUAGAGCAAAUCUGAUCCCAGAGUUGGCUCUAGCACUGAUCUGGUCUUUUGAGGGUCCCUAGAAGAUAAUUUCUAAACCAGAGAGAAAUCAUCUCCUUCCUUUAAGUGAAAUAAAAUAAGAUACCAGAAGAAUGGUUUCCCCAAAUUCACUCCCUUAUUAAUCCAUAUCUUGCCUUGGUGGUUAGUGUGGAUAGGGAUGGGGGGGGGGAUAAGGUUGGAGAGAGAAUAUAUUUUUUAACCAUUGGAACUUAUUCACAGGAAGAUAAGUUUUUCCUCUAUAGCCAUAGCCUUACUGAGCCUUUUCCAAGUGGUGGGAUAUGUAAUAAUUGGAAUUGUACAGACUGCAAAUAUAUCCACCUCAAUGUAGGAACUGCAUUCCGGGGCGUGGAGCACGAGGACUUCCAGACUAAUUCAAAAACCUGGAGAAGAGGGGCAAAUGUCUAUCCUUCCUAGAGCAUCCUUUCUCACACCUGUCCUGCAGAGAGCUGGGCUGCCCAGUGAUCCCUGGGCCUCUGACGAUGAGUACCUGUUGGCUCUUCUCUUUCCUUCUCAGGUAUAUGAGCAAUAAGUCGUGUCAAAGGGCUAAAGAAAAGCAGAUAUCUUUUCCUGAAAUACUUAAGGUACAUUUUUGUACUUCAGAGCCUACCUCUCUUGGAGAGCUGCUCUGUGUGUAUGUUGUAUGUAUGUGUGUGUGUAUGUGUGUGUGUGUGCGUGCGCACACUUGUAAGUGUGUGGGAUUGGAAGGAAAAGCUUCUUAAAACUUUUUAAUCCCAAGAUUUAUUUAUUAUUGAGAAUGGAC